UGGUUGUGUUGUGUUGUGUGCAGGCCCCGGUUCCCCUUUUUCCUGGUUAUGGGGGAGCAGAGCGGGGCAGCGGGGGGGCCGGGGGUCCUGCUGACCACGCCGCCCCCCGAGGUGCUGGGCACGGUGCUGAGCCAGCGCCACGGCCCCCUGCCCUGCGUGGCCCCCAUCGUCCGCCUGCGCCGCGGCCCCACGGGGGGCUUCGAGGCAGAGGGGGACCUGGCGGGGGUCCUGGAGCGGCGGCGGGCGGCCAACGCCAAGGAACGUGAGCGGAUCAAAAACCUCAACAGCGGGUUCUCGGCACUCAAGGCCCUUGUGCCCCUCGUGCCCCGCGACCGCAAGCCCAGCAAGGUGGACACGCUCAAGGCCGCCGCCGAGUACAUCCGUCUGCUGCGGGGGGUCCUGCAGGACACGGGGGGCCUGCAGCAGCAGGAGGACGGGGUGGUGCAGGAGCUGGGUGACAGCGGAGGGGUGCUGCUGGGGGGGGGCUGGCCCUCCUCUGCCCCCCCGUGUCUGUGGGGUCCCCCCGUGCCCCAAACCUGCCCGGAGCCAGCGCAGGAGAGUGGGGAGCUGGUGCUUCCAACCAACCCCUAAAACAUAAAUUUGGGGGUGUCCUGCGGAGAUCUGCAAGGGAUGUGGAGAUGCCCCAGCACAGAUUUUGGGGUCCCAGAGCUGGGAUGGAUCCGACCCCCCCCCCCGGUGCUUUCCCUGAAACCGAGCUGCUCCCCUGCGCUGGGGCAUUGGUGUCCCCAAAGUGCUGCUGGGGGGGGGGAGUGGGGGGCGACAGGUGUAAUUGCUCAUUAAAAUAUAAUUAGGAACUAGCGCCGUGCUCAGGUAGCAGGGCUCAUUAACCCCACCCCUAAUUAAUCCCCAAAAUAAAUCCUGAUUUUUUUGGGG